GAAUCCAGGAACAUGGAGAAUCUUCCCAGACAUGUCUUUUCCAGGAUAUCUACCCCUAUCACCUCCAUCGUACGCAGAAAUGUUGUUAUUUGCCUUGGAGUGCCUUUUUCUGGUCUUUGCUGCUUUAUGUACAGAAUGGAUUUUGAUGGCUGUUG